AAGUGUUAAAAGUUAGCAGGACUUGUUUUGUUUUGGUGGCCGAGUGUCAGAGCAGAGGCCCAGCGCCAUGAAUGUCUGAUAAACAGCCUCCUGUCUUUGGCAAUGGUGUCACCGAAGUUCACUGUUGGACAAGAAACGUCUCCGACGGUGGCCACAGAGGCAGAGGCCAGGUUGGUGUGCCAGGGAGUAAACAACCAGAGCUACAUCUGUGAGUCCGGUCAUUGCUGUGGAGAGACACAGUGCUGCAGCUACUACUAUGAACUGUGGUGGUUUUGGUUGGUGUGGACCCUAAUCAUUAUCCUGACCUGCUGCUGCGUGUGUCAGCACUGGCGUUCCAAGCAGCGCUUCCAGCAGCAGCGCCGGCAGAACGAGAUCAACCUCAUUGCCUACAGAGAGGCUCAUAACAACUCUCAGCUACCCCUCUAUCUCAGAUUCUUACCGACUUAUCUGCUGCCACCCUAUGACGAGGUAGUUAACCGACCAGCCACACCUCCUCCUCCAUACACCCCUGUCCAGGCAGCACCUGCACCAACAGACGCACCUGAGGAAUCGCCCUGCCUCCACUCACCCGUCUCUGUGGAAACUGAUGCAGAUGCAGCGCUCCCUGCAACUCCAGAGGUCACACACACCUUCCUUCACAGCGCUUCCAACAACAAGGACUCCUCGCCAGGCAGGUACCGGCGAUUCACAGGGGAUUCUGGGAUCGAAGUAUGUGAUGGUCAGGAGUUGUGGGAACAGUUGAGCUUUUUACAACGAGAAGAAGAGACAGAGGAACAGGAGGUUGAGCCAUGUGAUCACUGUGCUCCUGAUGCUGCUGAUGGUGCUGAACACAGCCACAUGAAUGAUGAGAGCAGAGAUGGACACACAGAGCCUCAGGCUCAUAGGUAAUCCUAACAGUUGAAAUGAGUAUAUGCAGAAACCUAAGUCUGCCGCAGUCACUCACCUUAUGCUGCACUGUAAUAGCAUCGCUUAACCUCUGAUUCAAACAGGUCAUCCAGCAGCCAACUUUCCUCCAAUUUUUAAAGGUACAUCAUGAAAUAAAUGUAUUGCACUGAUAACAAUGGUGCAGCCAGUUCUUAUUCACAAGUCAAUUUUAACUUACAGCAUGCAAACUCUAUAUUUGCAAGCUCGUAGUACUGUGAUACCCGUGUUGCCAGAAUGACUCGAACACAAUGAGCUGCAGCUGUGAGCUGAACGUUCACUGUCUGCAGGUGAAAAAUGGCCAUUUUCUCCUGGACAAGGUCAGCGAGCACGAUUCCUGUCUGCUGCUCUGUCUGUCUUUCAUACAUGUGGUCAGAGGAUAUUUAAGGUAUAUACAGUAAUGCCUUUGCAGUCCACUAUUGUUGCCCUUCCAUCUCCUUUCAUCAUGUGAUCAUUCUCUGAUGCUGCUGAUAAUCUUUGCGUGUUGCUGAGCUUACCUGCGACAAUAUUAGGGGACAGCAGCAGACCGUCGGGGUGACAGAGAGUGACCCACUAUGUUAGAUUUAACGUUGUUGGUGAUUACGCAUGUGAAAUAAUCGUGAUUUCAAUGUUGACCCAAAUAUUCGAGCUUUACGUGCAAAAACAACCGCUUCUGUGUUUAUAAAGAUAAAAUAGAUGCUGGGAAACUAUCAGCCCAUGCUCUCAGUUAGAAACAGAGUUUGUUUUAUUUGCACGCACCAAUUAGUGAUAGACAUUUAACCGGAUACAGGGCACUGGAGCAGUGGGCAGCGUACACCAUACAGCUCAUCUAACCAUACCAAAUAAGAUUUGAACCAUUAGAAAAACUAAUCAUGUUGAUCGGCUACAAACAAGCAUGUGUACGAAAAACCUUUCCGUUCACUGUGAAGUGGCAAGCAGGUCAGAGGAUGUCAGCUGAGCAGGUGUUCUACAGAUGUUUUUACACUCAGGCUUCACUUUCAUUUACUACGCUUCAGUCAAAAUGGACAGAAAUGUCCACUUCUAAAAACAUUACAUUGUUCCUGCAUAAACCCCUUAAACAUGCCUUGCUCAAAACUACCAAACAUUCAAUCAUUCUGAAGAUUUUAACCCUUUAAAUGCCAGUUUGAUAACUUGAUGUUAUACAUAAAAGCCAAAAUAUUGACUUUCACGUGUUAGAUUUAUAUAAAAAUAGUACAGAGUUGAGUUUUUUCUGCUUCUUUGGGUUAAAUCUUUUGAUCAACUUCUGUCCUGAUCAAAACUAUCAAAUAUUGAAUAAUUAUCAGGAUUUUAACCCUUUAAAUGCCUGUUUGAUGACAUGAUGCUAAUGUUUCUUUUAGGAAAAUAAUGAGUUAUUUUCCAUAUAACAAAUAUUGGGGGACUGGGGGAUUAGUCAAAAUAUUGACUUUGAUGCAUUAUUAGUUUAUGUGUAACAUCAGAUUUAAAAUGUACUACCCUCUUAAGUCAUGACAUUUAAAAAUGUUCCAUUAACUCCUCCUAAGUUCAAUAACACAAGCACAGAAGCUUGGAUGAUGGAUGGAGCCGCAGCCCUGACAGCUCAGCUCAGAUCAAUGUGAUCACGUUUCCUCUGAUGAAAAGUAUUUUAAAUCAAGACAGUGACAUAAAAGAAAAAGAGGGAGCAGGCAUAAGUUUAUUUAGUUCACUCCUGAGGACGGAUUGCAUUCAACCAUGCUCAGGAAUGAGGCAUUUCCCCAAACCGCCUCUGAAUGUGGUUUCUGUGAUCAAAUCUGAGGAUGCAUUUGGACAUAAUCUGGUGCUUUCAGACCUGUAGCUGGAGCACUACCUCAGUACAUCAUCCCUGACCCUCCAGUCACCUGUCACACUGAUCUUGGUUAAAGAUGCCAUAGUGCCAUCAUGUGUAGCCUCAUGUGACCUUUGACUUGGGAAUAAUAAGCUGAACUCAAUCAAAAUUCUGUUCCCUGGAGUUCCCUGGACUUGCACUUGGUGACUUCAUCAUUAUUGUUUGGUUGAUAUUAGUUUCCAUGGACUUUUGUGCACUCAUUGAAUCCGUGUUAAAUGCUUCACAAAUGGUUACCAAACUCUACCCAGUUAAAGAAGUAUCUGGUUAAGAAAUACUCAAGUAUACACAUAUGUCGAGGGUGUUGGUUUCAAUACAUAAUUCUGUGAAAUUGAAAAGUGAACUAUAGGUUGUACUGAGACAAUGUUGCUGCUGUAGAGUCAGUGGAGUCAGAGUGGAGCACUUUUCUACAUAUGCAGCAUUUAACAGUGGUCUUCAGCACAUGGUGCUAUAGUCUGUGUAAUCGUUUACUGUCUGCUGAAUAAAAUUCUAUUUUCCUCUUGUA